CUUGGCUGAUGCAUUGUGGGUAGGUCAGGCAUAGAGUGGAGGACGCCAUGUGCUUUUGAGGCAGAAGGACCCGGGGAUUGACAGUACUGUUGUGCGGUUUGAAGGGGCAUAUUUUGAUAGUUUGAGCAGAGGAGGAACCCGGGUACUUGAUUAGGAUGUAUUGCACCAGAUACUGCAUUAGGACCGCGCUGCGGAUCGCGGGAAACACACACCGGCAAGAACUCUUACGGCAGACGCCAGCCCUAUGUACACUCAGACAUUUAAAGACAACUACAGCAAACCCCUCCGGUGCCAUAUUGGCCCCCCCUCUGGACGGGGCACCCAAACAGUAUUCCCCCAAAAUCCAACAACUGGUCAACGACAUAGCGAGUCUAACCUUACUAGAGGUGUCGGACCUUAAUGACCUACUCAAGAAAACCUUGAACAUUCAAGAUGUAGGAAUGAUGCCAAUGGGGGCCAUGGCAGCCCCUGCAGCGCAGGCCACAGAGGAGGACGACCUUCCGGUCAAGAAGGAGCAGACCCAUUUCAUCGUGAAACUGACAGAACUGAAGGCAGCGGAGAAAGUCAAACUCAUAAAGGAAGUGAAGAACUGCAUGCAGGGCUUGAAUCUGGUGCAGGCCAAGAAGCUGGUGGAGAGCCUACCCCAGGAGAUCCGGGUCAACGUGUCCAAAGAGGAGGCCGAGAAACUCAAAGCAGCCCUGGAGGCCGCAGGAGGCACCGUGGUGUUGGAGUAACAACUGCGUCCGCCGGCCCAUCAGCCCGGCCUACCCGUCCCGCCACCAACGCCAUGGCUACUCGCGCACCUAGUGCGUUUUUGUUUGUCUUUUUACUUUUUCUUUUUACCAUCCAAGAGGGGAAGGCAAUGGAGGAAAGAAUCAGAGGCGCUAAAAGAAAUGACCUCCGAUGUUCUAUGUGCGUUCCGUGUCCGGUGGUGGGGCUGCAGAAAUCCAAAGACUGAACUCCCUGCAGGCACCCCUCUAACCUGAACACAGAGGGUGUCCAUGUGCAACUCCCGCCUCCUGAUCUCUUUGUGUGAUGCGUCGUGAGGCUACUGCGGAGCUACCAAACUGCGGGUCCUCAGCCUCAUGUCAGAUGACGGUUUUCUUUCUGUUUUGUAUGUCUCCUUUUUUUUUUUUUCACAGAACGAAAUGUUAAGUUGUUCCGAUCUGGAUCUAGGCCCAUUAACUGUCUAAAUAAACAUAACUGUUGGAGGAGUCUACAUUACAGCCAGGAUGAUUAUUAUGAACGUGAUUAAAGUUGAAAUAUUCA